AUUGAAUUUAUUUUAUCUUUAGUAGGAAGAUUAAUUUUAGUAAUUUGUGUUUUGGUAAGAGUAGCUUUUUUAACACUUUUGGAACGAAAGGUAUUAGGUUAUAUUCAAAUUCGUAAAGGGCCUAAUAAAGUAGGUUUAAUAGGAAUUCCUCAGCCUUUUUGUGAUGCAAUCAAGUUAUUUACUAAGGAACAAACUUAUCCUCUUUUGUCAAAUUAUAUUUCUUAUUAUUUUUCACCUAUUUUUUCUUUAUUCAUUUCUUUAAUUGCUUGGUUAUGUAUUCCUUUAUUUAUUAAAUUAUUUUCUUUUAAUUUGGGAAUUUUAUUUUUUUUAUGUUGUACAAGUCUUGGGGUUUAUACAGUAAUAAUUGCGGGGUGAUCUUCUAAUUCAAAUUAUGCUUUAUUAGGGGGUUUACGAGCUGUUGCACAAACUAUUUCUUAUGAAGUUAGAAUAGCUUUAAUUUUAUUAUCUUUUGUUUUUUUAAUUGGAAGAUAUAAUAUUUUAGAUUUUUAUUAUUAUCAAAGUUAUAUUUGAUUUUUAAUUUUUUUAUUUCCUAUUAGUUUAGUUUGGUUUUGUAUUUGUUUAGCUGAAACUAAUCGAACACCUUUUGAUUUUGCAGAAGGGGAAUCUGAAUUAGUGUCAGGGUUUAAUAUUGAGUAUAGAAGAGGAGGAUUUGCUUUAAUUUUUAUAGCUGAAUAUGCAAGAAUUUUAUUUAUAAGUAUAUUAUUUUCUGUAAUUUUUUUAGGCUGUGAUUUAUUUAGUUUAAUAUUUUAUUUAAAAUUGACUUUUAUUUCAUUUGUUUUUAUUUGAGUCCGAGGAACUUUACCUCGUUUUCGUUAUGAUAAAUUAAUAUAUUUGGCAUGAAAAAGUUUUUUACCUUUUUCAUUAAAUUAUUUAUUAUUUUUUAUUGGUUUUAAAUUAUUCAUUAUUAGUUAUAUGUGGU